UAGCCAAAGGGUAUAAAAGGCGAUUUGUAAGAACUAAAAUCAGAACAGUCAUUUUCAACAACGAGCAUCAAAGAUGAAGUUCCUGUUCGCAGUCGUGGCCGUCUUGGUCGUCGUUGUCUUGAAUGACGUCAACGCCGACACAUGUCCCUACGGCUGCAAGAAGUAUCAGCGUAGCAACUGUCGCUACUACUGGUACUAUUCCUACGGCUGGCGACAGUACUACUACUGCAGCAGUUACAGAUCGUACACUGGCACAUGCUACGCCACCUGUGUUCACGGAGGAUGGUCUGGCUACUCGGACUGGGAGACGGUGGAAGAUUGUCCCGUGUAUUGCGGAGGAGCAACUGCCCUUCACGUCCGAUCAAGAAGCUGCACGAACCCGACACCCUCUGCCCUUGGACGCUCCUGCACUGGAGACUCUCUCGAACAUCAAAACAGGACGUGCAAUCAUGGAUCUUGCAGUCAUGUGUGUCCUCAGGACACUGACACCUACUUCGAGCACCCAAAAGACAAGAAGUCCUUCUACCAUUGUGGAGCGCAUGGCUCCCAGGCUCACCUGAAGGUCUGCGAAAAUGAACUUGUCUGGAACCAGGCGAAAAAGACCUGCAAGGAACCAGACACAGAGCACCCCAGCUGCAAUCACGGAGAGUACAUCCCUCACACGGAAGACUGUAGUAAGUUCUUCCAGUGUUCCAAUGGGCAGCUUCAUCUCCAUCAGUGCCCUGGCGGUCUGCAGUUUGAUACCAGACACAACUUGUGCAACUGGCCUCAGAUGGUCAACUGCAUCGUGGAUGAAGAAUAGAAGACCAGAUGACAAUGUAGCACUGGACCUACAAUAAAGAUCAUACUGCAUCA